AUUAUGAAUAAGCAUUAAAUUCUAACUGAUAUAUAAAUAAGUUGGAGAUAACGGAAGAGAUCAUUAGCACAAGCUUUAGGUUUCAAACAACAUGAAGUUCAGAUUUUUUAUCGCGGUGGUUGCAGCCAUAGCACCGCUAUCACUUUGUCAACAACCCUUUGUAUUGAACCAGCUAAACGGACUUGAUCUUAGCAGUCUUGGCAUCUCCAAUAGCCAAUCACAAGCUCAAGCCCAAGCUCAGGCACAAGCUCAAUCCAGCACAUACCAGGAUCAAUCAAAUGUUGGUUUUGCCAAUGUCAAUGCUCAGCAAUUGCAAUCAUACUUGAAUGCUUUGCAACCUGGCCUACCAGCAGCAGCUGGUGUGCCCGCAAUUGCUGGAGUUAAUGUUUUGUCUGGACUUGGACCACAGGGGUCUUCAUCACCUCUCCCAGCUUACAAUCCUUAUGCCAAUCAGGAAGCUAUCCAAGAAUCUUUGUCUGAAACCAACUUGGCUGCCCGAAUUCGUCAAGGAGCUAUCCAAGUUGUGCCACCAAAUCUGUCAGCUCAAGCUGUUCUUCAAUCUAUGCAUGUUCCAGUUCAAGGACGUUAUGGCAAUAGAAUUUACGCCACCGCACCAUUGCCACCAACUGUUGUCACACAACCCGGUUCGCCAGUCAUCCAAAUCAGCAGUGGACCAGCUGCUGAAGUUAGAGCUGCUCCAGUCAUCUACAGACAGCCACCAAGUGUUGUUUUCCAAAAUGAAAUCAUCACUAGACAGCCAGCACCACUUAGUCUGAACCCAGUUUACGUUAAGGUCUACAAGCCAGGCAAGAAAGCCAUUGUACCAAAUCAAGCUCCAUUAGUGCCAGCUUUCUAAGAAGGAAAUUAUUUUUUUAUACGAAUAUUUAGAUAAGAUUUUGGAAGAAAUUGUCAAAAAGAAAAAAUUGA